AAUCAUUCACUCUCUUACGCCAUCCCUCUUUCACAUUCUCUCCACGUACAUGAUAUAAGACCUGAUCGACACAUCAUUAGAUGUGGGUGCCAGAGUCUGACUAUCCGCCCCACUCUCCAGUCAUCUGCUGUCUUCUGUCUUGCACCACCACAUCGGGCUAGUCCAGCCAUCACAGUUCAAAGUCAUAAGGCUCAAUCCUUCGCGUCUCAUCCAUCUCGUCCUCCUCAUAUCAUUCGGUCUUUUUCUCCCUCCGUGUCAAGUUCAUCCGUCACCAUACCCGGUCUCUAGUUCCGUCCUCCACUACGAGCCUUCCCAUACAUCUGCAAACGUAUCGGACCAAGCAUCAUGGAGUGGGGUCCUGACUUCUGCCUCGUCUGUGAUAAACAGACCACCGGCAGUGCCUACUGCUCACAAGCCUGCCGUUUGGCCGACGAGACGUCGGGUUUACUACCUCAAGCUUCACCUUCUAAUCUCCCUCAAUACACCGGCUCACGAUCCUCCACCUCAUCACACUCCGCUUCCUCCUCCACCUCCUCCUCCACCUCCUCCACACAUGGGUUCCAUCUCCCUCCUCCCCUCAACUUCUCCGCUCUCCGUCGUCCCUCAUACGACGCUACGCCCUCAUUUCAGUCCCGACCAUCAACCACGACCUCCCCAUCAUCCUCAAGUCGAACCACAUCGACUCGACCUCACCUCUCCACAUCCAGUUCCCGCUCCUCUCUUUCCUCCCUCUCGAGUUCCUCCACCGCCCCAUCAUCGACCCAGGCAUACGGUCUGUCCGAGUCCACGAUGCACCAGCUCCGGGACUAUGUCAGCGCCUUCGACCAGACGCGUGACAUGAAGCGGAAAUUCACGGUGCAGUAGCGGCCCGUGACUGCUUUCCUCCCGCGGACGGCAUCGAAUCACGCAAUCCAUCUCGCCGGUUGCUUGAUGAGGGAGCGUCAUCGGCGGAUGGGGACAGCCGAAAAAGUCAUGCGGUUCACGUUCACGUUCAUGUUCAUUGACAAGGCGUUCAUCGGUUCAUGGGUCUCGUGGUCACGCUACCGGCUACAAUCCGGAUGGAAC